AUGUUCCGCCGUAAGCGGAAAUACGCAAGAUGGCCGCGAAGCGACGAGUUAUUCGAGCCUGGGCGAGCCGAGCCCUCGCUUCAGGUGGUGCCGGGGAAUUCGGAGAGCGAGAGGGACAAGUUCAAAUGCCUCCACCUCCUCGUGGAGACUGCGGUAGCGGUGCGACAGAGGGAGAGGGAGAGGGAACGGGAGGCUGCACAG